CUCUUCACUCUCCUUCUACGUCUUCACCCUGCCUUGGCACCUAUCCUCUGCCCCUUCACCUUUAUCCUCACACAUCAUCUGGCCCUCCUAUCCCCUUCUGCCCAAGGUCAUCCACAAGCCAUUGCUUCAUCAUGGGUGGACUAACACACGUCGAUACUCGUCAGACUGCGGUCCCAGGCGCGCACAGCGAAAGGCUGUGGAUCUUUGACUCGGGCCUGAGAAGAGUCAACGCUUGGAUGUUCCUCUCGAUCCUUUCGUCCUUUGCCAGUGGAUACGACGGAAGUUUCUUCACCGGUCUCCUCACCGUGACCAAGUUCUUCGUCGACUUUGCGCCCGAGAACGCGUCCAAGGUCGGUCUGCUCGGCACCUCUGGUGUCUUGGGUCUCUUGGUUGGACCAUGGAUCUCUCAAUACUUUUGCGACAAGAUCGGUCGACCCAGGACUAUGAUUAUCGCUUCGGCCACUAUGAUCCUGGGUGGUGGUCUGUCGACCAUCCACAUCCACAACAACCCUGACGGUCUUCAGGCCAUGUGGAUUGUCGCUCGAGUCAUCACUUCCAUUGGUUCUGGUAUCGGUCUCGUCGCUGCUCCUGCUCUCAUCACCGAGCUGGCACACCCUCGUCACCGCGCCAUCCUCGUCGCCUUCUUCUGGUGUGGCUUCUACCUUGGAGCCAUCGUCGCUGCUGCUGUCACCUACGGCAUGAACGGCUGGUUCUCCGACUGGGCUUGGAGGCUGCCAUCUCUGCUUCAAAUCGUUCCUGCGGCUAUCCAGAUGCCCUUCCUCUUCUUCUGUCCUCAGUCGCCCAGGUGGCUCGCCGCCAGGGGACGUGAGGCCGAGGCUUCUCAGCUCCUGGCCAAGUACCACGCCAAUGGUGACGAGAGCCACCCCGUUGUGCUCCAUCAGAUGGCAGACAUCCGCGAUGUCAUCACCCUCGACAAGGCCAGCGCAGAAGCGUCUAUGCUCGACCUCUUCCGUGGCAAGGCAGCUCUUCGACGUGUCUGGGUCAUCGUUGUUCUGUCCGUUGCCACUCAGUGGGUCGGUAAUGCGCUGUUGACAUACUACCUGCCUACCAUUCUUGCGACCAUUGGUAUCUCGAGCACCCUUGAGCAGGCUCGCUUCAACAUUGGUAUUGCUGCCUUCAACCUCGUCGUCUCGACAUUCUGGGGUUCUCAAGUUGAGCGCUUCGGUCGACGAACACUCUUCCUCUGCUCAGGCGUCGGCAUGCUCAUCUGCUACACCAUCAUCACUGCCCUCAGCGCCACGUAUGCUAAGAACCCAAGCAACGGCGGUGUCGGCAAGGGUGUCAUUGCCUUCAUCUUCCUCUUCUACUUCUUCUACGACAUGGCCCUCACUCCUUUGGCCAUUGCUUACCCUGCCGAGCUCCUCCCCUACCGACUCCGUUCCAAGGGUCUCGCUCUCAACACCACCCUCAUCGCCGUCGCCCUCUGCUUCAACAUCUGGGUCAACCCCAUCGCCGAGGCUGCCAUUGCCUGGAAGUACUACAUCGUCUUCAUCGCCGUCAUCAUCAUGUACCUCAUCAACGUCUUCCUCUUCUUCCCCGAGACCAAGGGCAAGUCCCUGGAGCAGCUGGAGACCAUCUUCGAGGGGCGAACCAUCGUAUUCCGAAAUGGUACUGCCAGCGUCAAGCCUCGUGACUCCGAGGCUCUCCACCACACUACCUCUGAGCUCGAAGGCAACCUGGAUUUUGACGCAAAGCACAGCGACGACGUCAAGAUGUAAAAGCUGUGCGCAGAGAAAGGAAAAGGUCGAUCUAUGGAAUCGUAGUGAAGGUGCAUGCCGAGUACUUGUAGUUGUGUAUACUUUGUCAUUGUCGUAUUGUUAUGGGCCUCGUAUAGUCUGACGGCUGCCAACAGAAUUUAAUCAUUGUCU